AUGGAGGCCGCCGGAGCCGCCGCCGCGCUGGCCGCCUGCCUGGAGGCGCUGCUGGCGGGCCGGAGCAGCGCCAACCGCGUCUUCGAGAUCCUGGAGCGGCUGCAGGCCGACCAGGAGGAGGUGAUUCUGUGCGCCAUCCGGACCUGCAGCCGCCUCUUUGGCGCCUUUCUCGAGCGGGGGGAGCUGUUCGUCGGGAAGAUGCCGGAAGAAGAGCAAUCUCUGCAAGAGGACUACAGCGCAGAAGACAAGUACAAAAUUUGGAUGAGAUACCGGUAUCGCAGCUGUGUCAAUUGUCUGGGAGAACUGAUGGGGCACAAGUCUUUCCAGGUCAAAGAAUCUGCACUCUGUACCCUGAUGAAGUUUGUGGAACUGGAAGCCAAGCACCCGCUGGUGAAGAACGACUGGAGCUUCAAUUUCCCACAGGAGCUGCUGAAGCUGGUUGUAUGGGGGUUGCUCUCGACGGAAGAGAAUUCUUCCCUGCUGAUCUCUCGCUUCCAAGAGUAUAUGGAACACGACGACGUCCGGUUCUUCGUGAUGAAGCUGGUGGCCGAAAAUGUGGGCAGCAUCAUGCAGAAGGCCAAGCAGGCUCCGUUUCCCGUUUACCAGAAGAACGUCUUUGCCCUGGUUUCUUCCAUCGUCAUGCCGAGCGAAGAGAGUGAGAUGAUACACUUCCUGGUCAGGCACGCUAACCAAGAGGAAUGGAAGGUGUCCAAGCUGAAGGAGCACCAGAGGGCCUUUGAGAGAAUGUGGCUUGGGUUUCUCAAGUAUAAGCUGCCCGUUAGCCUGUAUAAGAAGGUGCUGGCAAUUCUGCACGACUCCAUCCUGCCCCACAUGCACGAGCCCACCCUCCUGAUGGACUUCCUGACGGUCGCCUACGACGUGGGUGGAGCGAUCAGCCUUCUCGCCUUAAAUGGAUUGUUCGUUCUGAUUCUCCACCACAAUCUGGAAUAUCCUAAUUUUUACACAAAGCUCUACAGCCUUCUUGACCCUUCCAUCUUCCACGUGAAGUACCGCGCCAAGUUUUUCCGUUUGCUGGAUUUAUUCUUGUCUUCGUCGCACCUGCCGGCGUACCUGGUGGCAGCUUUUGCCAAGCGGCUGGCCCGGCUGGCCCUCACCGCCCCACCGGACGGGUUGCUGAUCGUCAUCCCCUUCAUCUGCAAUCUCUUGCGGAGGCAUCCGUCCUGCAAGGUGCUCCUCCACAGGCCCGACGGCCCCCCAGAGCUGUCAGAAGAUCCCUAUCAAAUGGAUGAAAAAGAGCCAUCCCAAAGCAGAGCUUUGGAGAGCUCCCUGUGGGAAAUAAAGACGCUGCAGAGCCAUUACCACCCGGACGUGGCCAGGGCAGCCGCUACCAUCAAUACGCCGCUGUCCGAGAUGGAGGAGGACCUUUCGGAGGUCCUAGAAAUGACAGCCUUUGAGAUCUUUGAUAGGGAUAUUAAAAAAGAAACUUCAGAAGUCCCACUGGAAUAUCUACCAGCCCGAGGCCUCUUUGGCAAGAAGGACGACAUCUUUGCACAGUACUUCACAUUGGAAUGAUUUUAGCACUUUGCUGGGGCAAAGCUGGUGUAAUAAAACCUUUUUUCUACCUGUCCCUCAA